AGUGUAGUCCAUGUGUACCGAUUUAAGUAAGCGCACUUUGGAAUGUCUGUGAAAUAUCCGUGUCAAUUCCGCAUCGCUUAAAGAAAAAAAAAGCAUAUAUUUUUAUUUAAUUUGGGAAUAAAGUCUGAUGGUGAACAUGUCCGUGGACGUUUGGUUUAACAAAAGAGCUGUUUUAUGAUUUUAAAAAAGACAAAACUGGAAUUUAGGAAACAAAGACUCGGCUAUACAAAAGCGGUAUGUGGAACGAAUGUUGAUGCUAGCCUGUUUGCUAGCUUAGCUUGUUUGCUAGCUUAGCCUGUUUGCUAGCUUAGCCUGUUCGAGAAGAAAUCAAAAUAACGCUCCCGUUUAUAAUCUCGCGAUAGUAAUCUUUUGUGCGCCAGAAUGUGUUUUUUCUGAUUAAGUAUUGCUAGAAGGAGCUGAGUGAUUUAGCUAGAUUUUAAAUGCUAGCUAGCUAGCUAGCUGGGUUAGCUUAGCCAGUUGGCUAAUCUAGGUCGAGCCGGAGUUUGGCGGAGCGGUGAAAUGGAGACCCACAUCUCAAGCCUUUUCCCGGAGAUUUUAGCCAUGAUCUUCAGCUACCUGGACGUUAAAGGUAAAGGCAGGGUUGCUCAGGUGUGUGUGGCCUGGAGAGACGCAUCCUACCAUAAAUCAGUGUGGAGAGGAGUUGAAGCCAAGCUCCAUCUGAGGAGAGCAAACCCGUCCUUAUUCCCGAGCCUUCAGAGCCGAGGGAUUAAAAAAGUGCAGAUCCUGAGUCUCAGACGCAGCCUCAGCUAUGUCAUCCAGGGCAUGCCCAACAUCGAGAGCCUUAACCUGAGCGGGUGCUACAAUUUAACAGACAAUGGACUUGGACAUGCAUUUGUGCAGGACAUUCCUUGCCUGAGGAUUCUCAACCUCAGCCUCUGCAAACAGAUCACCGACUCCAGCCUUGGCCGAAUUGCACAGUAUCUCAAGAACUUGGAGUUUCUGGAGCUCGGUGGGUGCAGUAACAUCACCAACACCGGCUUGCUCCUUAUCGCAUGGGGCUUGCACAGGCUCAAGAGCCUGAACCUCCGCAGCUGCAGGCACGUCUCCGACGUAGGCAUCGGUCACCUGGCUGGCAUGACGCGCAGUGCCGCUGAAGGUUGUCUCAGCUUGGAGCAUCUCACUCUGCAGGACUGUCAGAAACUGACGGAUUUGUCGCUCAAGCAUAUCUCGAAGGGCCUGAGCAAACUCAAAGUCCUGAACCUCAGCUUCUGCGGUGGCAUUUCAGACGCUGGAAUGAUUCACCUGUCGCAUAUGACCCAGCUGUGGACUCUGAACCUGCGCUCGUGUGACAACAUUAGCGACACCGGGAUCAUGCACCUGUCCAUGGGCUCACUCCGGCUGUUCGGGUUGGACGUGUCGUUCUGCGACAAAGUAGGAGACCAGAGCCUGGCCUACAUCGCCCAGGGACUUUAUCAGCUCAAGUCGCUCUCGCUGUGCUCGUGUCACAUCAGCGACGACGGAAUCAACAGGAUGGUGCGGCAGAUGCACAAGCUGAAGACGCUGAACAUUGGGCAGUGCGUGCGCAUUACAGACAAGGGCCUCGAACUCAUUGCUGAUCACCUGACUCAGCUGACUGGCAUUGACCUGUACGGCUGCACCAAAAUCACCAAACGGGGACUGGAGCGCAUUACGCAGCUCCCGUGCCUGAAAGUGUUGAACUUGGGGCUUUGGGAGAUGACCGAGGGUGAAAGGGUUAGGUGAUGCCUCAUGAGCAUCACGACUUGCGUUACACUACCUCAUUCAACAUCGUCACCAUGAUUUAAUUUUUUAUUAUUUUCUAAAAUGUGAAGAACUUUUAAUUAGUUUAGUGUUAUGCAAUAAGAACACUGAACACCCUUUGGUUAUAUUGUUUAAUAGUAUAUAUUUCUUAAAUGCCUUUUUAUUAGUAAGUGGAUAGUUGAAUUAUUUUAGGGUAUCUUGCAGCACUAUUCUUUAAAAAAAAAAAUAUUUUCUCACUCUCGAUUAGAUUAUACUGAUAUACUGAAUGCCUUAAAGUAUUACCAUCAUCUUGGGAGCGCUAUACUGUACUGCUCUUAUAAAUAAAUAUGGAUCAGUGUUCGAGUAAACUGUUUUUCCAUGCUUUUGACAGAAAAGUGUAACGUUCUACUUAGUAAGAUGAACAUAUGCAAUUUAAAACUGUGUAAAAAAAUAUAUUAUGUCUAUAAAUAUGGUCAAAUCUAUUGGUAAGAAUGUUUGGAAUGUCUAUUUUCC